AUGCGCAAAUCUAUCAAAUCCACGUGCGAUAACGAAAAUUACCACCGUGGCACUCUGCAAAUAGUGAAAUCAAUCAUGCGUCCUGGAAGUGCACCUUCCCUGGUGAACCCAGUGAUGCUGUUUCAGCAAGCCACUUGUACAAACUUACAAUUGUCCAGUGGUACACACAAACAUUCCAUAAAGGGUUCACUUUCUAAAGAUGGUAAAGUGUGCUGGAUGUACAGUGGCUCAAUCCUUGAAGUGGUUGCAACUGACACACAAAAUCGAUUAGCAGCAUGGAACUUUGGCAUCAUGCUGCAUGACUCUGAAGUAGUAAUACAGUGUGUAGCUGAAUUUUGGGCUGGAGAUUCUUUAAGAUUGCUGGUUGGUUUAAAGAACAGUUCCAUUGCUGGACUUGUUUGUGUGCUAAAUGUUAAUCUAUCCAGAGUAGUAAAGGCUAUUGAGAUCCCAUUCAAGGUAACCAGCAUAGAGUGUAUCACAAGCCUUCUAGGCAAUGAUUUUCCUGUGUGGGCUUUUAGUGAACAUCUCAGCUGUUUCUAUGGCAUUGUUGCUGUUGGUACUGAAGGUGGGCAUGUGUAUUUGAUUGAUAUGUGUUUGGAUACCCAGGAUCAAUCAGAUGAAAUGUUCCCUAAUACACUCCAUUAUAUUUCUGUGGAUACUGAAGAUGUUGUGCAAACACGACAUGAAGCUUUGUCGCAGAGACAAGUUCUCUGCAUGGAACUGGGGGUCGAGUUUUUCAGCCUUGGCAGUUUCAAUUAUCACAGUAAUGAUGAAUCUGAAAUGAAACAGUUUAAAACGGAUGAGAUCUGUGUGACCUGCCUUAAAUAUAUGUCUCGCAAUGGUCUUUUGGCUGUUGGAUACAAUUUUGGUUGUUUUCAAUUGUGGCGCCUUUCUGCACCAAUUCUUGAGUACAGCAGUCGAUUGGAUGAUUCUGGGAAUGUUCCCAUCACGCACAUUGCUUACCAGGAACCAGAAAAUGACCCCAAAAAUUUCAGCUACCUUUGGGUAGCACGAGGAUCUCUUGUCUAUUCUUCAGAAGAAGGUUAUAUGGCCAACAUCACUCUUUAUCAGCUUUCCUUCAAUAAAAGAAUGUGGUACUCAAACAAGGAAUGCUUUUAUGAGGAGAUGUCAACUAUUGGCAUAAGACUAGAACAUGACCUUUCCUGUGACCCAUUAAACUCUCCUUCUUCCAAAAUGGCUUCUAGCAAUGUGAUUAGCUGCUACACUGUAGAGGAUCCAUAUUUCUUUCUACCUGUUAGGUCAAUAGACGAAAGUCAAGAAGAAACUAGCUGCAAUCCCGACCUCAGCCUGUGUGUGUUUGUUUGGAGGGCUGAUAAUGGAUUGAAAUCUGGAACAACUAGUUAUCACUUGGCUAUAUUUGACAUGAAUAGGUGGUAUCAUGCUCAAAUGCCUUCAAAUAUCAGAAUGCUUGGGAAUACUGGCAUAUGUCCAUAUAUGGCAUUUUGUAGUCUAGAUGAAGUAAUUGACACUACAAUUCCUGAUGAACUUUUGUUUGCUCAUAUAAAUCCAAAUACUGUACGGAAGUUCAUUAGUGAUCCUGGUUUAAUACAGGAACAGUUUUUUUAUCCCUCAUCUUUGCAGUUUGAUGUCCUUUGCCUCAUGGAAAGUGGUUUAGUGAAUACCAGGUAUUUGGGCAUGCAGCGUCAAGUUUUAUCAACCAUCCAGAAACUGGGGCCUUCAAGCUUGAUAGAUCCUAAUGAGUUGUACAAAAUGUGUCUGUUUGCUGGUCUGGCUCCCCGAUCACAUGAUGCAGCUACUCAUACCUUCUCAUUGACAAAUUAUAACAGAGAAGCCAUCUUAACAUUGUGUUUAGAACAUCACUUGGUUAAUGUGAUAACAAAAUCUGUAGAGCAGUGGGCUGAUGGUGAAUUCCUUUCUCAAGGUUGUACACUCAAGUUUUUGCUUGAUUGGACUUGGAACAAAGUGGUACAAAUUAAGCAGUGUGUGGACAAUACAUGUAAACCUUUUUAUGACUGGUCUGGUCUUCCUGUUGAUGAACGAUGUGUGCAGAUCCUUCAUCACUGCUUACAGAAACUUCUUUACUUGACUCAUAUUUUGCAAAAGUUUAUUCACACAUCUGCCCCCAUCACUGAAAAUGGUAUUGAGGAACUUACCCAAAAAUUUGAUGCUGUUCAGUUAUUAUCUCAUCACUUAAAAGCUGUGAUAUGGUUUGUAGAAUCAGGCCUGCUUCCUGAGAAUGAUGAACUUGCUUCGUAUAUUCCUGGGCUCUACAGAUAUCCAAGAACCAGUCUAAUUGAAGUAUUCAUGAAACGACGAGAGGAAUUGCAACAACUGCACAGUGAUGUAAAGGCAAGUGAAUUGCUGAUGAUUGAUGGUUUGAUAGAAAACACAGCUCCUGCUGUCCGAGAGUUAUGGCAGCAAGAUGGAGGAGACGGACAGUAUCCACCACCCAGCAUUAAUGCACUGAUCAAUUUUUAUUUGCUGGAUGAUGUACCACUACUGAUCAAGCAUUGUGUUAUCAGCUACUUUCUCUUGGAUCUUGCUUCCCUUGAAGAUGACAACAAUGUAAAAUUAUCUGAAAAGGUAGCCACAUUUGCUGAUGUGUUCUCUGUACCUUCAGAUACAAUGAAUCUGAUAACAGGCUUUUGGCUCUUAGAUCACAAAGAUUUUGAGGUAGCCUUUUCUUUCCUUGUGAAUUCUCCUGUAUUUGGGCCCUGGCAGCAUAAGCAGGUGAUCAAAGCACUGCUGUAUCAGAAUGAGGGGAAAUUGGCUUUGCGUUAUUUGGCUGUCAAACAGCCUCCUUUGUCUUCCCCAGAAGAAGUCAAGUUAAAGUUGACCACUUUCCUUGUGAAUGGGAUGACUGCACAAGCAGUAGAAUUUCAGCGUACCUGUUGUGACCAGAACAAUGCUCAAGAUUUGAUAAGCCAUAUCUUCUUGGGAUGUCAACAAACUAAAACAAUGGAUCAAUUGUUGAAGCUUCCUCUAACAGAUCUUGAAGAGAAAUGGCUUGAAAAUUAUUUGUUAACAAGCAUGGAAUCUCAUUCUGAAGAACUGCUUGUAAUGUAUUACCUUCAACGAGCCCGAUUUGUCGAUGCCAUUCGUCUUAAUGAAAGACUCAAUACCAAAGCUUUUGGCAUGAUAUCAGCAAAAGACAGAGAACGUGCUUCAACACGGAAUACUAUUGUUAAUGGCUGUGCAAAACUUUUACCAGAAGUACAACAGCAGCUCAUUUUUGAGCCAGCAGUACUACCAAGGAGAAUUAAAAAAGAUAUUGCAGUACCACGACCAAAGCCUCUGUCUACAAUGGUGACUAAAUCUAAUCCAUCCAAGUUAAUUUCACAGUCAACAUUUGUGCUGGCUGUAAUGGAAAAGAUGCAAGAAGUGGCUCAAGUUGAGGAUUUUACCAGCAAUGGAUCAUUUAAUGAUGACUUUAGGCAAAGACCAGUUGAGCCUUUCAUUUCUACACCUAUCACACCAAAGAAAAGGACUCCACUCAGUGAUUUAUCUAAAGUAGUCUAUGAAAGAAAUUUACUUGAUGAGCAGAAGGCACCACGUUUAAGAUUAUCCCCAUCAAGUACACCACCUAUGGCUGCAAGUUUGUUUUCUUAUGGCAUGGAGAGCAAUAAAAGGUCUUCAAAAUAUGUGAGUGCUGAAGCAUUAUCCGUUCUUCAGACUCCAAUUAUACACAGGAAAAGCACACCUCGGUCUCAUGUUACAAGUCCUCGGCCAACUCCCCAGUCAAUAUUGAAGGUGCGACAAAUAUCUAACAAGUCACCAAAUAUGCAUGGUGUAUCACCCCUCAGCAUUGGUGACAAAGAUAAAGAUGUUCCUGAUACACGGUCUGCACUUCGUUUAGCAAAACUGAAUCUUAGUUUAAAUGAUUCUGUUGGGCAACCAUUUGGUGCUUCUGCAAAAAAGACCAAACUUCUUCGAUUUGCUGAACCAGCUCUGAAUUCUUCCCCAGUCUCAGUGCAAGAUUCUCCAACACCCAGCAGCUCGCAUGCAUUUCCCAGUGUGACAGCCAGAGCCAGCUUAACUGAAAGAAAAAGUUUGUCAGAGAUGAUUUCAGCAGAAAGCUGCCCUAUAUCAGAAACUGUUGGAAAUGAUGAGACCUUAGAAAUGGAUACAGAGAUGAUGGAGGAAGAGGAGGAGGAGGAGGUAGAUGCAGUUGGAACUAAGGAAGAUAAUGUUGAAGAGAGAGCAUAUAUGGUCACUGACACCAAAGAUGAUGACAUCUCAGAUGAGAUUAGCAACAGCAUAGAAACAGAAGCAAACGAAAGCAGAGAGGAGGAGGAAGAGGAGGAGGAGGAAGAUGAAGAAGCUAUGGAAGUAGUUGAAGAAGAGAUGCCAAUUGUUACCCACAUGGAACAUCCUGUCCGAGAAGUGUUUGGGUCAAUGCAUUUUCAGCAGCCUGAUGUGCCUAGAGAAGAUACUGGAAUUUUAAAGAACACUGUGACAUUGGCUGAUGAACAACCUGAACUGUUGGUUUAUAAAGGUUCAGCUAUGGUCAUCCCAGAUUACUCAACAUCAUCUUCCAAGCCUAUUGAUCUCACAAUAGAGGAGGAGGAAGAAGAGGAAGAAUUCAAGCCACUCGAGUCUGCUGAUAUCCUUGAACUGGCACCGCUUAGACAGAAAUCAAAAUUGUCAGAGAAAAUUGAAGAAUAUAACAGCAAUGAAACUAUUAGCCGGCUGAUGUAUGAAGAAAAACAAGAAAUUCAGACUGAUCAGUUCUCUGAGCAAUAUAUGGAAGAGGAUGUGCCUGAAGAGAAAGAUGAGAUUGCUGUUGAAGUGAUAGAAAGUGAGAGAGAUGACAUUCAGAUUAUUACUGCUGUAGUAUUGCCAAUUGGCCAGCAUAUUUCACAAGAGUUGACUGAAGCAACAAGUGUAAAUAGUGCUACAAAGAAAGAUGUGGACAUUGUUGAAGUAGAGGAGGAGGAUGAAGAGCAAGUGGUUGUAGUAGUGGAGGAAGAGGAAGCUAAAGAACAGGUGGUUGAAUUGGAGGAGGCUAACGAACAGGUGGUUGAAUUGGAGGAGGCUAACGAACGGGUGGUUGAAUUGGAGGAGGCUAACGAACGGGUGGUUGAAUUGGAGGAGGCUAACGAACGGGUGGUUGAAUUGGAGGAGGCUAACGAACGGGUGGUUGAAUUGGAGGAGAAAGAUACCACUGCAAGAAACUCAUCACGCUCUGCCUCUCCACAGUCCAUAUCUUCCCCUUCUCUAGUUUAUACAAGAAGAUCACUGAGGUCAAAGGUUAAAGCAGAAUCAAUGGAGUCCAACCGCUCUGAGACUGCACUUGUUCCAGCCACGACAGAGUCAGUUUCUGAAUCAAUAUCAAUGCCCGUAGACAUGGCUGCUGGCAGUGUCUUGGAAUCAGCUAGUGAUGAGGUUGUUUCCCAAACCUUUUCAACUCACUCAUCUAAAUUUGCUUCUCCAAAAUCUUCAGAAAGCAGGUCUACACGCAAAAAAGCUUCUCAGAAAUCUUUAAAAUCUAAACUAGAAUCUAUAAAAAAAGAUUUAUUGGAAGAAGCAUCUAAUCAAAGAAAUGACUCUUCUGUGAAAAACUGGCAGGAGGAAGAGCAAACAAUGACCGAAUUAGUUUCACCCAGCCGCACGAAGGCUAAAGUUUCAGCUAAAAAUGAAGCAAUUUCAAGUGAAAUAUCAAAACUGGAGGAGGAGGAGGAAGUGGAGGAUGAUUACAGCUCAAUUAAAACACGAUCAUUGAGAUCAUCUAGAAGUGUUACUCUCACUAGAAGAUCCAGUAGGCUCAAAACUGAAACAUCACUGCAUGGAGCAACCCCUACACAAACCACACCACUUAGUGAAGUUGAUUCCCCUCAAGCAUCCACACCCCCCCACAAACUUGGUGCCCCUCAGACAUCCACACCGCUUCGCGAGGUUGGCGCUUCUCGGACGUCCACACCACCCCGCGAGGUUGCUACCUCUCGCCCGUCAACACCGCCCCGCGAUAUUGGUCCUUCUCGGACAUCCACCCUCCGUGUUCUACCAGCACGUACUUCUACACCAACUCGGGGAGAGCAAUUGUCUAAGGUGUCUGAUGAGAAAAAAAGCUCAUCUCCACUUCUUGUAAAUAUAAAAAUCAAAAACCAAGAUGAAAGUAAAGUUGAAAUGGAAGAGACAGUGCCUGAAUUUGAGCCACAAGUACGUACAACUCGAAGGACUACUCGAAAAGCUGCUGCCUUGCAGUCACAAAGUCAAUUAACUGCAAAUACAGAAUCAGUUUUUGAAACGCCUUCAAAUCAGCAGAAACCAUUCGUGUUCUCUCCACCUAUAACUCGAAAGAAAACGCAAAAGAAACAACCAGCCAAGAAGAAUCUGAAAACUGAUUCUUCUAUUAUUUUCUCUUCAACUCGCUCGCAGCGCUCAACCUUAAAGAAGGAGCCAUUUGUUCCACAAGAACAAGAGGAAAUGUCUAUCGACAUACCAAUGGAAGAGUCUUUAAUACCUGCAGCCAGUUCAUCUUCAAAGACAUAUGUGGCACCUGUAAAAACUAGGUCAACAAGGCAAAAGGUUUAUUUGGUAAAAACUACUGACAGCCCAAUUGUGAAUCUACUGACCCCCAGUCGCCACAAAACGGAACAUGGCGAGAAGGAAACCACACGGACUGCUCAGAGUAGAAUUUUGCGUAAACCUGCUCACAGUAUGGUUUUAAGGACUAAAACAGCCGUGAAGAAACGAAAACUGUAA